CAAGAUUACAUAAUCUACAAGAGCAUAUGCAGUCGCUGAAUAAAAAGAUUCAAGAACUGAGUUUGAGGCUGUGCAAGGUUGAACAAACGAUGAGUCAGACGAUGGAGAUGGUGAUGCAGAUGAUGAAGGCCUCGCAAGGAAAAGGUAAAGACCCAUGAUUCCUGAAACUCAGUUCGAUAUGUAUGAAAUUAGGGUUAAUUCUAAUGAGAUAAGGGCUAACAAUCAUGAAUCAAGGGGUAUUUUGCUCUGCCUAAAGGAAGGGAAAAUGGGGAUUCUAGUAAUAACUCUCAAGGGCAAAGAGAGUUUCGGUAAUUCUGGGAUGAAACUGAAAGUGGAUUGGCCUCAAUUUGAUGGUAGUAACCCUAGUGGUUGGGUUUUUUGAAACAUAGAGGGCGUUAUUGUUGAGAAUGUUUCAGUUAAAGGAGAAAAUGAGAAAGUUUAUGAAGAAAAAAACUGUGAAAAAAUAGACUGGAAUCUUGGUGGUAGUUUAUUGGAGUUGAGAACUGCAAUCACAUAAUGCUUAAGGAGAAUGCGUUUGAAAUUAGGAGAAGACACAAAAAGAAAAUGUGUUCCUUGUCAAUGGAGAAGUCAGGCAUUGAAACAGUUUGUGAAAAUGCCAAAGUGAAUCGCUAAGGUAUUAUGUUUCUUGAUAAGAAGAAUUCUAAGAUGGGUAUCUUUUUCUAGCUGCGAAAAUAGGAAUAAAUAUGGGAACAAGAAUCACAAUUGUAGCUGGACGUAUGAUGGUCUUGUGAUCUUGAAGGGACAAGAAUUGUAAAUUUGGAGAAGAAACAGAAAGAAAUUUAAAUCAUUGUCAAUUAACACUGCAUCUUUUGAAGGUUCACAUGCCUUUAUGCAAUGGAAGUUCAGUCUUCAUCAUUUCGCACAACCUAUGCUAGCAUUCAUAGACAACUGUGACAGGUGGAAGUGGCAUCUUGAGCAGGAUGCUACUUUUGAAUAUCAACCUUCAUUAGAGACCCAUUUCUUGAACACAUUCUUGAGGACAAGAAUGAUCUCACAGGGGUUGGUAAUGUUGUGGCUAUGUGAGUUGUGAUGUGUGUGAUAGCUUAGUCAAUAAUAGUCAAGAAAGCAGUUAGUGAGUUGGAGAUUACUUACAGCUGCAGCUAAUUGUAUAACAGAAAAAUAGAGGGAGGUGGGAAAAUGUAAUUCUUGUAUAAAGCUUGAGCUUGUAAUGAGUUCAUCAAUCAGUCAGUAAUACAAGAAAUUCAUUUUCUGUAUUCUCUGUCGCUCUCUCUCCCUCUCCUUUCCUCCUCCUCCUCCUUCUCCCCUUUCUUCUAUUUCCUUCCCACCUUUCCUCUUUUUCUGUUUGGUUAUGGCCUAGUCAUAACACAAGCUAUUGCUUAUCUUCCUGCUUGUUGCAGUGGAAUGCAAGGAGCGCAGGUUCUAACUCCUAGCUGUAGCAUUAGAUACAAAUUGUACCUGUUAUAUAACUUGACGGAGGUAUCAGCUCCACCUCCGUCACCUCUGUUUCCUUCUCCACCUCCACCUCCUCUAAUAGGACCUAAAGAUAAAAGCCAUAACCCAUUGGCAAUAAUCAUCGUUAUUGUUGCUUCAAUCGCUGUGUUCGUUUUGCUUUACCUACUAGGAUGCCGUUUCCUACGUCAAAGGGCAAGAAAGAAGCAGAACUCUACCAUAGAAGAAGAAAAUGAUGGAAAUGAAAUUAUGAUUGAAGGAGCCUUGCAAUAUGACUUAGCUACCAUGGAAGCUGCCACUAAAAUGUUUGCAGAGGAAAACAAGUUAGGUGCAGGUGGAUUUGGUGAGGUUUACAAGGGUACACUUCCUAAUGGACAAGAAAUAGCUGUGAAGCGGUUAUCAAGAAGCUCUGGCCAAAGCACAGAAGAAUUUAAGAAUGAGGUUAUACUGAUAGCCAAGCUUCAACACAGAAAUCUAGUCAGGUUAUUGGGAUUUUGCUUGGAAGGAGAAGAAAAGAUACUUAUCUAUGAGUUUGUUCCCAACAAGAGCCUCGAUUGUUUUCUAUAUGAAGAACAAGCACAACUAGAUUGGACACAACGCUACAAAAUAAUUGAGGGGAUCGCUCAAGGGAUUCUUUAUCUUCACGAGGGCUCUGGAUUUAAAAUCAUUCAUCGAGAUUUAAAAGCCAGUAAUAUUUUAUUAGAGACAAAUAUGGAUCCUAAAAUUUCAGAUUUUGGGCAGGCAAGGAUUUUUGGAGUUGAUCAAACUCAUGCAAACACAAACAGAAUCAUUGGGACAUAUGGUUACAUGUCUCCAGAAUACAUAAUGCAUGGACAGUUCUCGACAAAGUCUGAUGUAUAUAGUUUUGGUAUCUUAAUUUUUGAGAUAGUAACUGGAAAGAAGAGAAGUUCAUUCCCAGGCGACCUCGUGGGCUAUGUUUGGAACAAAUGGAGUCUUGGGGUGGCAUGUGAAGUGUUGGAUCCAACUCUGAGAGGUUCUUGUUCAAUAAAUGAAGUAACAAAAUGUAUUCAUACAGGCUUACUAUGUAUCCAGCAAGAUCCAGCUCAUAGACCUGCAAUGGCAACAAUUGUUCUUAUGCUUAGCAGUCACUCUGUUACUCGACCAUUGCCUAAACGGCCAGGAUUUCUCUUUGAUGGUGGAAGCGAGCAGAAUAAAUUGACAAAUGAGGUGCAGUGGGAUCAACUCAUGAACGUUGCACCACCCUUUUUGUCAGCUACUGAAUUUUAUCCAAGGUAGGUAGUGCAUAAAGAAAGAUGAUGUCGUAGUAUGAAAUGUAAAAAGAUGUUAUUCAAAUAAGGCCAAGGCCCAGAUAAUGGUUAGCCACUAGAGAAGUGAAUGUGUCGAGCUUUCAGUCACUGUAAGUUUCGUAUUGCAUCGAGUAUUAGGAAAAGAACAACAAAUGUAAUCAAUUCAACAUACUCAUUAUUAGGACAUAAUUAGAUUGCAGUUUU